GUCUGUAAGGGCAUAGCCCCAGGGGAGCCAACUAGAUCGAGAGUUGGUAAAAUUGGCGGACCGAAAGUAAUUUAUCUAAAAUUUAAAUCUUGGGCAUCGACCUUAUCCUGAAAGUAGUAUCGCAACAUAAAAAAAUAAAGUGUAUUCUUUAUUCUUACUGUGUUGGAAUGUCAUGGGACUGAGCUUAUGUAAUCUUAUCUAACUGGCAGCUGGCUGGAACUUCUAUUUACGUAUAUGGUCGUUUACCGCGUCUAAGGGUAAACCAUAGCUACCAUGUUGCGCCGUUGCUCUAAACAUCUUCAAACAAUAUACCGGAGGCAGGGCCUGGCCACCCGGUUCAGGUCUUCGGAGGUGCCCAAGGUCUACGGAGCGAUACCCACAUCAUCUCGCUUAGCGCAACCAAGGGUACUCACAGCCCAUAACCAAACUGCAUCAAUCCACUUCACAAACCCAUUACAAGCCGAACAGGAUGUUACGACGCCCAGUUUCCCCGACUCAGUCUCAGAAGGUGACGUAAAAAUGGACAAAAAAGUUGGAGAUGCAGUAGCAGCAGACGAGGUCGUCCUGGAGAUUGAAACAGACAAAACCGCAAUACCUGUGAUGGCACCAGACAACGGUAUCAUAAAAGAAUUUUAUGUCAAUGAUGGGGACACAGUUAAAGCUGGACAGAAACUUUUCCGACUUGAGAUUACUGGUGACGCGCCUAAGAAAGCCGCUGCACCAGCUCCUGAGCCUCCUAAAGCUGAAGCGCCUUCUCCACCCCAAACGCCAACACCUACGGCUCCGCCUCCGCCUCCCAUCCCUCAGCCUGCGACUCCAUCCCCUCCUCCCCCACCACCUCCACAAACUCCCCCUAAAGCCCCAUCGUCUGGAGGGCCAAUCUCCUCAAUCCCUGUAGCAGCAAUCCGACAUGCCCAGGCCAUUGAAACAGCCUCAGUCAAAGUACCACCUUCAGAUUACAGUAAAGAAAUCGUUGGGACUCGGAGUGAGCAGCGAGUUAAAAUGAACCGAAUGAGGCAAAGAAUUGCUGAGCGACUGAAGCAAGCGCAAGAUACUAACGCGUUACUCACGACAUUUAACGAAGUGGACAUGUCGCAUAUAAUGGCCUUCCGCAAGAAAAAUCUUGAAGCAUUCACAAAGAAGUUCGGAGUUAAACUAGGUUUAAUGUCCCCAUUUGUGAAGGCGGCUGCUAGUGCGUUACAAGAUCAGCCUGUUGUGAAUGCUGUUAUUGACGGCAACGAAAUUGUAUACCGCGAUUACGUAGACAUAUCAGUAGCUGUUGCGACACCGAAAGGUCUAGUAGUCCCCGUAAUAAGAAACGUGCAGACAAUGACAUAUGCCGAUAUUGAGUUGACCAUUGCUGGAUUAGCAGAGAAAGCACGAGCGGGCAAGUUAACAAUCGAAGAAAUGGAUGGUGGAACAUUCACGAUAAGCAAUGGUGGAGUAUUCGGAUCGCUUAUGGGUACACCAAUUGUGAACCCACCUCAAUCCGGAAUUUUGGGAAUGCAUGGAAUCUUUGAGCGGCCUAUUGCUCUAAAUGGGCAAGUUGUGAUUCGCCCAAUGAUGUACAUAGCGCUUACUUACGACCACAGACUAAUUGACGGCCGUGAAGCUGUUCUAUUCCUGCGGAAAAUCAAACAAGGAGUCGAAGACCCGGCCUCUAUCAUAGCUGGCUUGUAAAUUCUAAUCUCUGUUCCGAAAUUUGAGUUACCGAUUUUCUGUGGUCACUAAUAAUUCAAGCACAGCUUACAUAAUGUCAUAAUACUGAGUAUUUUCGAAGCGCGAUUGUGAGGAGUAGAGUUAGGCCCGGUACCCACCAAAGCGGAGAAGAGAGGAGAUAAGCCGCGAAGCUGUCAGGUAAUUUCCACCAAUGCGGACAGGAGAUGUCAGCUGUGAGAGAUCGAAAUCAGUCAAGUGAUGUGUACAAAAGUAACGACGCUAAAUAACGUUAUCGGAAGUGCGAGGCGCGGGUAGAAGGCAGCUGGAAGAGGGGCGCCGCUCGGCUGCCCGACAUGCAUCUCCGCUCUGCCGUGCCGCUGGAUCGCUCAACGCGGCACAAAAUUCUAUGGAAAAACAAGACAUCUCUCCGCUUUGGUGGAUACUGGGCCUUAUAUCAUGAUUAAGAUGAUUAUUGUUGCGUUUAUAUUUAUUUACGUCCGUUGCGUAUUGCGUGUUAUUUAUCGUGAAAUAAGUUAUAAAUAAAGUGAAUUAUUCGA